CAGGACCUCUGCGGUCCGGCUCAGGUGCAUUUACAUGACAAGUAGGCAGUUUUACAAAGAGAAAGAAGAAGAGAAAACUAGAUCUUUGUCUGGAUGAUACAUUUUAACUCAUGGAUUUCUCGAACGUUUCUUAUUUUUCCAGUGGAGUCUCAAAUGUAACAAUAGGUAAGGAUGAUGCCCCUCACUGUGGUGCCAGUCUCCCUGUCAUCUUUGGCAUCAUCUGUUUCCUGGGGAUCAUUGGAAACUGCAUAGUUAUUUACACCAUUCUGAAGAAAACCAAGUGUCACGCCAAGCAAACAGUCCCAGAUAUUUUCAUCUUAAACCUGUCAAUCGUCGAUCUCCUGUUUCUUCUUGGGAUGCCGUUCCUCAUCCACCAAUUACUGGGCAACGGUACGUGGUACUUUGGUGCAGCCAUGUGCACAGUCAUCACUGCCCUCGACUCCAACAGCCAGAUUGUAAGCACUUACAUCCUAACUGCUAUGACUCUUGACCGUUACUUAGCGACUGUUCACCCUAUCCGCUUCAACCACAUCCGCACACCAUGUAUGGCUGCACUGGUCAUAGGACUGGUGUGGGGGCUGUCCCUGCUCACAAUCAUCCCUGUUUGGAUGUAUGCCGGUCUGAUGCGUCUGCAGGAUGGACUGGUUGCCUGUGCUCUCCUUCUCCCAGAUUUGAUCAAUGACACAUAUUGGUUUACACUUUAUCAGUUUUUCUUGGCCUUUGCUAUCCCUUUGGCUAUAAUCUGCCUGGUGUUUUUCAAGAUCCUGCAACACAUGUCGGCCAGCGUGGCACCGCUGCCCCCACGCCGUUUAAGGGUGCGCACCAGGAAGGUGACCCGGAUGGCGGUGGCCAUCUGCCUUGCUUUCUUCACCUGCUGGGCUCCUUACUACAUCCUCCAGCUCAUCCACCUCGGGGUACAGAACCCAAGCCUAGCUUUCUCAUAUGCAUAUAACAUCGCCAUCAGCAUGGGCUACGCGAACAGCUGCAUCAACCCAUUCCUCUACAUUAUCCUCAGUGAGACCUUCAAGAGACAUUUUGUCCGGGCUGUGCAGCCACUCAACAGGAAGUUCAGAGUGAACCUGAGCAUCACAGACAGUGUGAGUAUGAGGAUUUUACCUGAAGGGGCUCAGCAGGAGCAGGCCUCCAGGGAGAUGUUACCUUCAAAUGUUCUCCCACAGUAAAUCUAUAAAUAUUAUCCCAAAUUUAAAUUUAUCCCACAUUUUUCUCUUUAAGAGAGACGAUUGCAUUUUACUCAACCAUUGUUGCUGGUGGGCAAAUGCAUAGUCUAAAUUUGGUCGGAAAAUAGGGAUUAACACUAAUAUACAGAUCUGGCUUGAGGUAUUGAGGAACUUUGAGAAUGCUUAAGGCCCCCUGCAGGUCUGGCAGUCCCGAGAGAAGUGAAAAUUCUCAAAGAACAUGGUAAAAGUGUCCCAGUUGUAUUCACAAACACAGGUACAUCUAAAUGAAAAAGAAUAUCAUUAAAAAUGAAUGUAUUUAAGAACUUUGUUUCAAAAUGUGAAACUUGUGGAUUUGUUGGUUUUGGUGGUUGUGGUUUGCAGCUGUUGGAAGCCCAGUGUAUUUCUCAAUAACUUGUAGACUUCCCUAAGACCAAGAAAAAGCACUUUCAGUUAUUCCUGAUGCUUGUGAAAU